UACAAAGAAACGUUUCUUGCCUCAUUUGAUGAAUUUAGAUCGCAACCAAGAAGUACCACACGACUACGUGCUUGAAGAAAGUCAGAUUAUGUUCUUCGUUGGAACAGAAAUAUCAGCUGCUGUACUCAGUUCCAUUUUAUUAGUACUCGGAAUGUAUCCAGAUGUACAGAAAAAAAUCGACGAAGAACUGAACGCUAUAUUUGGCGACAGUGAUAGAGAUCCUACUUUGGAGGAUGUAAACCACAUGCAAUAUUUGGAUAGAGUACUCAAAGAAACGAUGAGAUUACUUCCACCCUUGCCCUUCAUUAUGAGAUAUAUAGAUGAAAACGUUCGCUUAGGACCAUACGUUUUACCAAAAGAUACCAGAUUUAUCGUUCCUGUCGCUGUGGUACAUCGACGACCAGAAUUUUGGCCUGAUCCAGACAAAUUUGAUCCUGAUAGAUUCUUGCCGGAAGAGGCAGAAAAGCGACCGGUUUGCUCCUACAUACCAUUUAGUUACGGUGCUAGAAAUUGUAUAGCUUACAAAUAUGGGUUGCUGUCAAUAAAAAUAAUUCUGUCGACAUUUUUGAGGUCGUACAGAAUAACAUCUUCAAAUUACAAGUCCAUACAAGAUAUAGAUCUUUUCAUACAUGUUGUGGCAAAACCUAAGAAUGGCUAUAAAAUAACCAUAGAAAAAAAAGACAAAGUAGUUGCAAUAUUUUUUGUUGUGGGUACACACGCAGUACACACAAGCACUACGGACAACUUGAGCAAUACGCAAAAUGUAGUGAAACUUAUUUCCGGACGGUACGAAGUAGAGAUCUGCAUAACAGUUCGACGAUGUUUACCAAUGUUUUCAGUGACUCACCACCAGGGGACAGCGCCUCACGGACCUUUAAUCCGGCCUUUGAUCAAUUGCUAA